GCUCCGGGAGGCGGGAAGAACGGGCGGUGCCGAGGCGGAUCCCCCCGCCACCGCCCGCCGUGCGCCGCGCUCCGCCCCGGGGUGGCGGCGGGAAGGGCGCCCGGAAGCGUGGGCGGCGGCGGCGGCUGCCGGAGGGGUGACUUUUGAUACAACCAGACAUUUUAGUGAAGGAGCCAUAAGAAAGAGAAGCCUGGAAAGACCAAAGCUGCAAGAACAGGAAAACGUUCGAAAAAGGGGGAAAAAAAGAGAGGGUGUUGAAAGGUGCCUCCCAGCUGACUGGAAGGUCCAAAGCUAGAGAUGAACACUUUUCUGCCUUUCCCUCUACCCCUUUUUACGUGAAAAAGACGUGGUGAUGAAAAGAAGUUCAAGAGAGGAAAAAGAAAGCUAAGCUCGAGAGGAGAGAAGAGAGGCAGAUAGAUGGAGAUGAGAAACAUCCCCAAAAGCAGCAGAAGGUACCAGCUGAAGAACAGCAGUGGCCAGAGAAUAUGCCUGAAUGGGAAGAAAGGAAAUCCCUGCUAGCUCAGAGAAGAGUGGAGUCUGUCAGACUGCUUACAGUGCUGUUAAACCGUGUGAAAGAUUUUGCACAGUUGGCAAGUCAAAAAGUGGAUCCUUCAGUGGGUGUAAGGAAGGACGAUUCCUUUUCUGAAACAGCGUUAAAAGACAAACAUCGUGAACUGAUUAACUCCCAUUAUCAUACACACAAAGAAUUGAAACAUAAGGAAGAGUUCAAGUGCUCAUUAAUCCAAAAAAGUAGCGGCUUAUGUAGCAAGGAAGGAGAUGUGAGUAACUUCCAUGCAUCUACUUGUCAUAUAGUCAGGACGAUUUUAAAUGAUCCCUCUACAGCCCCGCGUUCUGAUGGACUGCCUGGCAGAGAAGCGUUCAACUCCUUUGGCUGUGGAUCUUUACUGAUUACAGUUACGCAAGACUGCAGGGUCAUCGAAUCUCUCGAUGGAAGGGACUACCCAACAUUGAACGUAGUUCACACACAGGCAGCGUCUGGUGAAGAUGGCUGCAAAAAGCAGAAGGUUUAUGAGACUGAUGAAUUCAUCCAUUAUUUACUAAACUACUAUCAGACACCACGCUAUGCACGUGUUUGCUUAGAGCCAAAAACCACUGCGAACAAGUGCUGGUGGAAGAGAGUAGUGUCUGAUGCUGAUAGUGAUUUUGACAUCAACUUGAGUAACAAACGUGGUCAGCAUUUCAGAGAAGUGAGUCCUGUACAAAUCCUCAACAAGAGAAAUUGUAGUAGCGAUGGUAAUUAUAGACUGGUGAUCACUGUUGGGGAAUUUGAGUCAACAGACACAGUGUUAGAAAACAAAACCUAUGGGGGUAGGUUUGCAAAAAAGUUGCAAGUGCAGAGGAAUGACUCACUCACUGUUGAUAACUUACCACAUGCUGGACUGAAUCAUUCUUUGGAUUGCACUGCUGUUACUAGUGAUGAGGAAUUCGAACAAGAAGGUGGUAGCGAUGAAGGUACCGUACCGUACAAGACAUGUAAAUCUGCUUGCAGAUUAAAGGAUUUGUUGGAAGAGAUCAGUGAUUCUGAGUACUUUAGAGAGGUAUGUAGUGGCUCAAUGAAGAGAACAGAAAGAAGGUGUGAAGAAAUUUACAGUAAUUGUAAUAAAGGGUGCUUGCCUGCAAGAGCUGGGGAAAGAAAAUUACUGGUUUACCUUAAAAAUGUAACUCUGGAAGAUCAAGAGAAGGAAAGCGGCAAAUGUAGCUUCUGUUUUAAUUCUGUCCGUAAGGGCUUGGCAAGGCAGUGUGAACAUAGGCUUAAAAAGUCGUGUAAGAGGUCUAGUAGUAAAUUAAGACGUGAAGGACAGAAAAAUGAGAGACAAUCCAGGGAAGAAGAGGGAAAUGCUCGCAAAACGAAGACAAAGCGAAAAAAGCUUUCUUCUAAUCUUUUAUCUGAUGAAUGUGGCUUUUCAGAGAUGGACAGUUGCAUGCAGCUGGAGUCGCUCAGAAAGAUACAAAGAAAAUGUACGAAAAUGUUCCACAGCAAAGUGAAGUUCAAGACACUUCACACCGCCAUGGCAGCACCAGAUGUUACCCCUCGUGAUGGCUCACCACUUCCGGAGACCCUCCAGAGCACAGGAGAUGAGAGAAAGUUAAUGUUGAGAAGAGAGAUGGAUGCAGAUGUCAGAGGAUGCCCUCUAUUUCCUCUUGAGAUAAUUCAGACAAACCCCUGCUCAGAUACUUUCUGUGGAGCAGAGCCCAGAAGAGGAUGCUGAACAGCUGCUAUAAAAUAGCUUUUAAGUUUUUAUAUAGAAGUGGGGGAAGACCAUUAAAAAGGUAUAUGAAAGACUGGAGUUGGGUUUUUUUUGUGGUGGUUUUUUUUUUUUUUUUUUGCGUAGGUAAUGACACCAGUUAGGUAUUCUAACCGAAGGAGUGAGCCACAAAAUCAGGAUCUGUGUUUGCCUUUUGGAUAACAGAGGACCAAAACUUGCCCCAGGGCCAGACAUACUUUCAUGGACCAGUUGCUAAGACUUUGAAAGUUACAGAUUGAGAUCUCAUUGUGUUAUAUUCUGAUUAAAUGUAGGGAACCAUGUAAAUGUCAAAGUUACAGUAUUUAGUAAUAACAAGUCAUUGGAAAAAAAAAGGUAGCUAUGUAAAUCCUAGAGCAAGCAUAUGAAAUGCCUCCUCAAUCAGACUGUUAAAACGGUGGACUGGAAGGUGUGGGAGAUGUUUACCCUCAAUUGUGGGAAGUAAUAGAUUUCCAAAAAAGAAAAAAAUCCCACCUUCUGUAAAACCCACAGUGGAAAAAUGCUUGUUUUCUAUUUACAAUUCCAGAGGUGUUUCUGAAAACUUGCUGGUCUUUGGGAGGAUGGAUUUCCCUGAACUUGUGCUAGAUGUAGUGCUUCCAGGAAUCUGAAUGAUUGUUUUAAGCAAAGCUCUGAAUGUUAGAUAGUGAAAGAGCAAUGCUUGUCAGCAUGCUGACAGUCCCUAUAUAUAUAUCUCUAUGCAGGUUGAAAAUUUGUUCACAAGAUUUCGAAGUGUGCCCUUUUGAAGGCACGUGCAGUGAGGUAGCUAUUUAGUAUGAGUUUGCUUACAAAUAAUUUCCAGGGGAGUUGUCAAAUGUUGUCAGAUCUGUGCUGCAUGUAGGUGAAAAUGUGAAAAUGCAGUCUAGGAGCUUGAGUUAUAUCCAUAUUUAUUCAGCUGGCUUUAUUUAGGAGACAGCCACAAUUGCUUUUGGACAAAGUUCUUUAGCAAGAUAGAGAGGACCAGUUCUCAGUUCAACACACCGAUUAUUUCAGCUUUCAUUUUAGUAUGCUUUAUUUAUUACGUGUCAGUGUGCUAAGUUAAUGUGAUGAUGUUGCCUUCAUUACAUAGAACCUUACCUGUGUUUGUAACUUCUGCUCUAAUAAAUAGUAAUUUAAAAAACCCAACCCAAUCCUGUAAUUGUUCAUGGUAGGUUUUCCCCCAGUGUUCCAUACUGGUGAUUCCUACAGGCUUCUAAGCCAGGUUUUAUCAGUCUUCUCUGUUAACAUGUUCAGAUGUUGAGUGCCUUUUCAGGGUAAUGAAUUACAAAUGGUUGCUACCCAAAGUACUGUUAAUGUAUUACUUUUAUCUAAAAAGACCUUAUUUUAUUGACAUAAAUAUUUUCUGACUAUUUUGGAGAACUUUUUGCCCCUCUUCAGUUUCCUUUUUAGUAUUUUAUACAGUUAUAAUGAGGGUCAACUAUUGUAUUUGUUGACAGUGUAAAAUGUUUCAGUUGCACUGAUACGACGUACCAAGGGUGUUUUUUCUCUAUGCAAUAUUUGCAGAUCAAAGAUGACAAAACUUCCCCCUCUGUCAAUCUAUAGACAGUUCUGUGUGCGUAAGUACCCAUUUCCCACGAGACAGGCCUUUCGAUUACAGGUGAGGAAGUAUUUCCUUUUGUUAACCUGGGGGAGCAGGAACUGAAGAUUUCCUUGGGUGUAAAUUUCCAGUGAUUUAUCAACAUGUUGUCACAAUAUUCAAUAACAAAUAAAUACACUGGUUCUGUAGUUGCUUCUUGCCUUCACCUAUAUUGACGGACACUGAUAAAGCAAAUCCUCUAUCUCGCAAGUCCUCAUUCUGUGUAAAAUAUUGUUAGUAAAUAAAAUAUGUGUGCACUUUAAAA